GCUGUCAAACACCGACGAAAAAGUCCCUUGCUCUCUCCGCUUAUAUGGUGGCACUCUGGAAUCUUCGGAGUAAAAUAUUAGGAAAUUAUUCCUGCAAUCCAACCGUUUUGCAUCAUUCAAGAAGAUUUUCCUGAUCGUUCCGAUGCGGUGAGUGUGGUUAAGUGGAAAUUGCGUUGUCUGGUUCCGUCGCAAUCCUCCCAGAACAUCAUCGACUCUUGGCGCUGCAGUUGGAGGAGGUAGUGAGAGAUUGUGAGGUGAAAAUCGAUUUUUACCAGUGAAGUAUCGUUCGAUUGAGCCCGCUGGAGGAGCAACAGCAGCGAGAGCCAGGAAUGGCCACUAAAACCGCGGCAACGGGCGUCGUCCCGGGCGCCCGCGGUGUAGCGCGAGUUCUGGCCAAGUUGGAAUCGUCGAUCGAAUCCGGAAACUACUACGAAGCCCAUCAGAUGUAUCGGACGUUGUACUUUCGGUAUCUGUCCCAAAAGAAGUAUGAUGAACUGCUGGAAUUGUUGUACAAGGGAUCGCUAACCCUGCUAAACCACGAACAGCACACGAGUGGUGCGGAUCUGGGGCUACUGAUAGUGGACACACUGGAGAAAGGGAAAAUAACGGAAGAUGCCGAGAAGUGGAUGCAGAAAAUUGCCGUACUGCUGAGCAAGCUACCGUCGAAUGUUGUCGAGAGGGAAACACUUUUGGUGAAAUCAGUUAAAUGGAGCGCCAGCGUGUCAAAGUCUCAGGUUGGUCACCCGAUGAUGCACAAGUUAAUAGCGCAGAUUAUGUGGAACGAGGACAAUUUGGCCCAGGCGCGGCAUCAUUUCCUACUAUCGAAGGAUGGCAGCGGUUGCGGUCACAUGCUGAUUCAGCUUAGUCAAACCAAGGGUUUUCCGUCCGAAAUGGACCUAUUUAUAGCGCAGGUUAUCCUGCAGCAGCUCUGUUUGAAGGAAACAUCCACAGCGGCAGAAACUUUUGCCACCUACACCAAGUACCAUCCGAAGAUUGCCUGCAGUGAACCGCCGUUUAUAACGCCCCUGUUGAAUUUCAUAUUCUUCCUGCUGCGAGCGAUCGAAGCGAACCAGCGAAAGUUGGUCGUUUUUCGGACGCUGUGCGAGCUGUAUAAACCUUCGCUGGAGCGCGAUCCGUCCUAUGAGAAGUAUCUGCAGAAGAUUGGGAUGAUAUUCUUCGGGGCCAGUCAACCACAGCGGCCGCAGACCGAGGGGAUGGGCGGAAUCUUUGGUGAUUUGCUGAAUCAGUUCUUCCAAGGGUUGGACGACGAUUUGGAGGAUGAACCGGCCGGAGGAAGCCAUCAAAGGGUUGGCUCGGCGGCAGCUGGGUCGGCGCAAGGCGGCAAAGAGGAACUGGAUUAAGGGUUCCGGUUUUUUGAUUUUGAUUUUCGGUUGGGAAGUGAUGAUUGCUUAUUAUUAAUGAAUAAUGUUUUGGUUCGAAUGAGCGAGAGACAUAGUAGAAGAUUAAAGAGCGGGACGAAAUUGUGAAGGUGAUAGAACCUGCUACAGCACCGGAAGAAGCAUCAACACACGCGCAGAUUUUAACGUCAACGUUUCAAUACUAGUACUAACUAUCUAAGCUACUGUUUAAAACAAGUACACGCAAAUCGGAUAAUAAACAGGACAUCAGGAAACAACA